AUGGAAGACUUCCCUGCCAUCCAUCGCGACCAGCAACGCUUUGGCUUUCGCAUCCAAGACAUUACCGCAAAAUUAGACAACCCUAAUCAUGUUCAUAAUCAGAGCCGUUCAUCAGUACAGCGGGUUCAGUUUCAUGUUAAGCUUGUGCAUCAAUCCCAUUACAAAUACAUUAAUCAUUCCUUAAACACUGAAACCACCGUCAUAGAAUUUAUGAAAACAAAGACAGUAAACCGCCGAUUCGACAUGGACAUGUUAAAGAAUUACUGCGAGGUGCACUUGAUUCUUUGUAGCAUGCUGGAGGUAGUUGGAAUCAAUAGAAGGGAUGCGUUUAGUAGACAUAUUGUGGAGAAGAUUAUAGAACAGGGUCUCAUAAUUAGCAAUAGGGUUAGCAACAUGGGUCGUAAGGUUUUGGGGUUGUGCGUUCACAUGAAAAAAGUGCACCUCAAGCAUCGUUAUGAGCCGUGCAUGCAACUAAUAGAAAGAAUAUUAAUGAGCAAUGGUAUUAACGAGGGUAUGAUCCCGGCGAGCGACUCAGCGAUUGAGAAGGUUCUGAAGAGGGUUAGAGUGUGUGAUGGGGACAAGGAGGAGGAGGAGGAUGAUAAGGAAGAGGGGCGUCGAGAGAGAAAAAGAAGGCAAAUUUGUGAAAGUGAUAGUUGCACUGUUUGCAUGGAAGAGUUUAAUGAAGGAUCAGAAAUCGCUUGCAUGCCUUGCUCACAUUUGUUUCAUGAAAAAUGCAUAGUGACGUGGCUCAAACAAAGUCACUAUUGUCCUGUUUGCCAAUUUGAAGUGCCUACUGAUGGAUGA